AUGUCUACACCAGAAAACACCCUCGCCAUCCUCGGCUGCGGAAAAAUGGGCAUCGCCAUCCUCAACGGCCUCCUAACCGCCCAACCCACCACCACCACAGACACAACCAGCACCAACACCCCCCUCCCAACUUCCUUCAUCGCCACCGUCCGCAGCUCCUCCUCCCUCAACGCCCUCCAAUCACAAUUCCACUCCCACCUCACCACCACCCUAACCAUCCGCCCCUCCACGGACAACCAUAUCGCCAUCUCCUCCGCCAACACCAUCAUCCUCGCCUGCGAUCCCACCGAUAUCCCCUCCCUCCUCAGCGACUCAGAGACAAGAUCCGCCCUCUGCAGUCCCACUCCCACCCCAAAACUCCUCAUCAGCAUCGCCGCCGGCUGGACCGUAAUAUCCCUGCGGUCCCUCCUCUCCAACCCACAAGACCUCUAUGUUGUCCGCACACUGCCCAACAUCUGCGCUACCAUCUCGCAGUCCAUCACAGCGAUCGAGCUCCCCUCUGAAGAGUUGCAAGCGAAUGCAGAGACUCGUGUGCCGGAGGGGCUGAUUUCCCUAACGGAGGGGAUAUUCAAUAAGAUAGGACGCACGGUGCAGGUGCGGCCGGAUCAGAUGGAUACGUUCACGGUGCUGGGUGGGUCGACGCCUGCGUUUCUGGCGGUGUUUGUGGAGGCGUUGGUGGAUGGGGGCGUGGCGAUGGGGUUGGGGAGGGAGGAGGCGAGGGUGACGGUUGCGCAGGUGUUGAGGGGUACGGGGGAUUUGUUGCUUGGUGGGGAGCAUCCGGCGUUGUUGAAGGAGAGGGGGACUUCUCCUGGGGGGUGUACGAUGGGUGGGUUGUGUGUGUUGGAGGAAGGGGGGUUUAGGGGGUUGGUGGGGAGGGCGGUUAGGGAGGGGGUUAUGGUGGCGGAGGGGAUGGGGAGGGGGGUGGGGUUGGUUAAUGGGACGGGGAGGAAGUAG